AUGGCAUUUGCAACAUUGAACUCAUACGAAGUGUCACAAAAAAUAGCCGAUUCAUUGAUCAGUGAAUUACGGCAAAAGUUUCUUGAAUUGGUUGCUAAAAACCCUGAACUAUACUAUGAUAAAGAUAUCGAGAAAAUAAAGUCGAAAAAUUGGUCGAUUCAACGAUUUCUGAAUCACCAUAAAUCAAAUGUCGACAAAGCAUUGGACGGCUUGGACUCGGCUAUGAAGUGGCGAAAGUCGUUUGGAGUGUUGGAGUUGUCAGAGAAAGACUUCCCGCGAGAAGUGUUUCAAAGCGCACCACUUUUUUUGUAUGGCAAAGACUUAAAUGGCGCCCAACUUAUGAUUAUGAGGGGUAAAGUCACCCGAAAAAUCAAGUCUUGGAUACCAAUGGCUCAAAAGUUUUUCAUCUAUUUGAUCGAAAAGGCAGACUUAGCUGAUUCAGGAAAAGGUGUGACCCUAUUGUUGGACUGUAAAGAGUCGGGCAUCAAAAAUGCUGACAUAGACUUUAUGAAGUUUGCUCAUCACAUCUUCAAUGACUACUAUCCCGGACUCGUCAACGCAGGACUGGUAUAUAAGUUGCCGACAGUUAUGGAAGCAGUUUUCAAAGUAGUCAAGUCGUGGCUCAAUGAAGAACAGGAAAAGUUUUGUUAUAUGAUUAGCAAAAAGACAAUCAAUGAAUAUGUGUCGGCAAAUGAAUUGCCGGACUUUUUGUUGGGUACUAAUGCCGAACCCUAUCGUAAUGUACCCGACGGUAGUCCGACAGCUCAUGAAUUGGCCGAACGAUUAGGCAUUAAGACAGAAAAGGCCGACAAAUUGGUCAAACAUUUGGAGCAAUUUUAUACUAUUUAA